AUUUGAUGUCAACCUUUGGAGGAGAUCCGGGAGAGGUGGCCACUUAAGAUAAAGAUUUUUUUCUCUAUCAUAGGAUAAAAUGAGUAUAUAUUACAACUAUGAAGAAGCUAGUAUUGGCUACGAUCAAGCACGCAUAGCUGAUGGUGCUGAUUUUAUGUGUGCUUUAUUUUCUGGGUUAUUAAAAAAGGAUUUAUCGCAGAUCAGUGUUUUAGAUGCUGGUUGUGGAACGGGUAAUUAUGGCCUUGCUUUUUUAAAGAAUGGUUUAAAUCAAUUAACUAUGAUUGAUGCAUCAAAAGGAAUGAUUGAAUGUGCAAAGAAAAAAUGCGCUAACUAUGAAGGCAAAGUGGAGUUUAGGUUAUCUGUUUUACCAGUUAUAGAUUUUCCAUCAGCACAGUUUGAUGUGGUUACAUUUACUCAAGUUCUUCACCACUUAGAUUCACCUACAGUCAGUCGUAGUUUUCAUGAUCAUCCAAGAUGUACAGAAGCUAUAUCUCAAGCUUAUCGUGUUUUAAAGCCAGGGGGUUUGUUAUUAAUUGAUGCUAUGUUUGAUGAAAACUUUAAUAGUAUAUGGUGGGGUCCUUUUUGUCCCAUUGCUUUUAACAAUAUGAAAGCUUUAAGACUCAAUAAAAGUAACACUAUUGCACUUCUUAAAAAAUGUGGUUUUUCUGAUUUUGCUCAUAUAUCAAGACCAGGUGCUUGUCUUGCUGAUCCUUCAGUAUACUUUAAAAUAGAAAAUGUUUCGGAUCCAAAAUGGAGAGCACAUUUUUCGCAGUAUAAGCUUAUUGAAAGUAGUGGUGAGUUGAAUUUCUUGAUUGAUUUAGUUGAGAAGCAUAUUUUGGAAGGGACUCUAGAAGUUUUUCGCUCAAAAGUUUUUGAAAAUUUUUAUUUAUGUGGUGAUCAUUCUAUGUUUGUUUGUAAAAAAUAUUAAAUUUUCAUAAAUAUUAGUUUAUAAAUUGUAUUUUAUAUAAUUUUUUAAAUUUCAUUUUGUAAAAAGAAAGAGAUGAACUUUUUUUUCUAAUUAUUUUUGUUCGUUUUUACUUUAGUUUUAUAUUUAAAAUUGUAUUUGUUGAUAUAGUAACAGUUGUUGUAUUCUAUAGAAUGUUGAAUUAUGUAG